AUGAAUAUAUGUAAUGAAAAUAUAAUAAUAAAUAACGAGAAUGAAUGUGAAGAUAUAUCUAAAGAAAAUAAAAUAAAAAUCGCAACUGAAUUAGUUAAAAAUUUUUGUCUUUUAAAAGAACUCGAUUUAUUAACAAUUAUAAAAAAUGAAGAGGAAAGCAAAAAAAACUUUACAAAUAAAAAUAUUAGUUGUAACAUAGAAAACAUAAUUUGUGCAAAUAAACAUAUCUUAGAUUUUAUAUUUUUAAAAGAACGAAAUGACUUAAAAAAAGAAGAAAAAAAAAACGACAAAAAAAAAACAAUAAAUAAUUCCAUUGAAGAAGAUAUACUAAAGGAAAAAGAUAUAUUAAAUAUUAUUAACACAUUAAAUAAAAACGAAUUAAAUAUAUCUAUGUAUGAAAAUAAAAUACAAAAUUGUGACGAAUUAAAUAAUUUUAAACCUUUUAAUAACACCUUGUUAAUAAAUUAUAUUGAUAUACCACCAGUAUUGAAUAAUCCAAAUUCCUCUUCAAAAUUUCACCAAAUUUUAAAAUUGUUAAUUAAAAAUUAUAAUAAUUCAUUAAAUAUAAUUAAAAUACAACAAAAUACAAUCAAAGAUCUGAUCUUUUACACACACAAUUUAUUAAUAAAUAAUAAAAUGCUAAUAGAUAAAAAUGAUAAAUUAGUGAAAAUUGCUACUUCUAUUCAUACAAAAUUAAAAAAUCAUAUACCAAAUAAUCAUAAUAAUAAUAGCGUUCAAAUAAAAUUACCAAUAACAGAUCAGGAAAAUACUUCCUCUCUAUUUAAGACACAAAUAGAUCUAUACAGAAAACAUAUUAAUUAUUUGUAUAACGAAAAUAACGAAUUAAAAAAAUUGUUAAGUACCCUUGACACUGGAAAAUAA